GCACGUGAAGCCGAGCUUCUUUCGGGCGCGACAGGCGUCACAGCAGCAGACCAAGUGGACAUCGGAUCAUGUGGGCACUGGCGGUAAAUCGUCUAUGGGCGUAUUGCUUGACUGGCUGGGAGCGCCAGGUAAUUAUGAUCGCUGGCGGAGCUGCACUAGAGCGAAGGAGAGCCACCGCCCAUUGGCGGACGAGAUCGUGCAGCAGCUGCAUACCGAAGGCUUGGUACAUCGCACGGCUAGUCAGGUGCAAGUCAAAAUGACAGAACUGGAGAACUCGUAUCGCGAAGCAGCCGAGCGAUUAGCCAGUACCAAACGCGAGCUGCAGGCGGCUGAAGGGACGCCGGCGGAGCGCAACUUGCGACGCGUGCUGGAGCGCCACUGCCGCCACUUUGCACUAUUGCAACCAAUUAUGAAAGACAUUGACAAGGUGGUGGAUUUACCUCCAAAGAAGAGGCCGAGACUCAGUACCAAGCGGAAAACAGUGUCAAUCCCCUUGGUUCCUGAGCCCAUUGCGGCUGCACCAGCUCCACCUCCUGUUGCUGCUCCUGCUCGAGCCGCUAGUCCUUCGCCUGCGCGGUUUCAAUCGCCGUCUCCUUCGCCAGAAAAGAAGAAGUACCGGUAUUCACUUCGUGAGCGGCGCGGGAUGGCUGAGACGAUGGUCUGGAACUUUGACAAUGAGGCUGUGGGUGGUGCCAUGAGCCCACCGACACCUCCGACGCCGCCUGCGACGCGACCACUGAGGAAGAGUAAGAGUAGGGCCAUGGAAUCCAUGUCAGUGAUGCUGGAAGAGGAGGAAGAAGCGAUAGGACAGGCACGACGUCGACAGAACGAGAGAAGGAGUAUGCCCCCGGGGCCGAUCAAAAAGCGCCCAUUGUUGCGAUCGAUUGACGAGAUCGAAUUGGAGAAAGCUCGAGUCGAACUCACAUUGCGUCAGCUGGAGCUGCAAAUGGCUCGCGAUAAAGCUCUCGUCGCUCGUGUGAAAGCGCGGAUGCAAUUACUGGAGCAAGGCGUGUCAAGGCGAGAGGUCGAUCGUCUCAUGCCGCUCGAUAUGUGA